AAUGAAAGAAAUAGUAUUAUUCCAAGUUGUGAAGCUCACGUAGAAUGCAUAAACUUGUCGACCAAUUGGAGCUUAGGAGCUUCUUAUAUAUGUUUGUUCAUGGACUUUGACAUUUAUAACAAACAAUUUACAAAAACAAAAAAAAAAAUGGGUCGUGAGAAGUUGAUGAGAGUAAAUCUUGAAAGCUUCAAUCUCAUGGUGGUGGUGGUGGUGGUAUUAGUGACGAUGACUACAAGAUUAGCCGUCGUAGAUGGAUCCUAUGGACGGUCCUAUGACCGCCAUGGCCGGUCCUAUGACCACAAUAAACAUAGAUGGUACACGCCAUCGACCUCCUACACGCCGUCAACCUCCGACACGCCAUCAACCUCCUACACGACGUGGGCUAAUGACAUGCCAUCGGCCUCCGACACUCCAUCGACCUCCUACACGCCAUGGACCUCAGACGCACCGUCAGCCUCCUACACACCGUGGACGGACACACCUUCGACAUCUGAUAUUCCCUCAACCUCUGACGUCAUGCCAUCAACUUCCUUCUCGUCAUCGUCAACGUGGCAAUCAGCCCAUGCUACGUUUUAUGGGGAUGAAACUGCUUCCGAGACCAUGGGAGGGGCGUGUGGAUACGGAAACUUGCAUGAUAGCGGGUACGGAUUUGAAACAGCAGCGCUUAGCACGGUGAUGUUCAACAAUGGGAAAGCUUGUGGGGCUUGUUACGAAAUCAAAUGUGUCGAGUCAAAAUGGUGCUUCGCCAACGCACCUUCCAUUAAGAUCACGGCAACCAACCUCUGCCCUCCUAACUGGUACCAGGCCAGCGAUGCCGGUGGGUGGUGCAACCCACCUCGCUCCCAUUUCGACUUGUCUAAGCCCAUGUUCAUGAAGAUUGCCGAAUGGACUGCCGGCAUUGUCCCCGUCAACUAUAGAAAGGUGUCUUGUGGAAGGCAAGGAGGGAUUAGAUUUCAAUUCCAAGGGAACCCGUAUUGGUUGCUAGUGGUUGUGUUGAACGUGGGAGGAGAUGGAGAUGUAUCCGAAAUGUGGGUAAAAGGUACUCUAACAGAUUGGAUUAGCAUGAGCCGGAAUUGGGGAGCUUCUUUCCAAGCAUUCUCCAAAUUAGGAGGCCAACCUCUCUCUUUCAAACUCCAAAAUGCAGCCGGAGAAACUGUUUAUGCUUAUAAUGUUUGCCCUACUUACUGGUCUACAGGGCAAACUUACGAAGCCAAUACCAAUUUUAUAAACUAAAUACACUAACCCUAAAAAUUACAUGAUAUAAGAGUGAUAGUCAUAGACGACCAUUGUUCACGUUUGGAGUUGUAAAAAUGGUGUAUUGCUUCUUACAUAUGUAGCACAUUCUUUAAUUUCCCUAUGUAGUUGAAGAAGGCUGGCUAUUCAUCAUGUUCUUGCGUGUUUUUAAUGAAUUCAUACA